GUCCUUCCUUCGUCCUUUCCUCUACUACCGGCGAGAAUGAAGACCAUUCUCAGUAACCAGACUGUGGAUAUCCCCGACGGUGUCGAGGUGAGGCUGAAGGGACGAACUGUCAUCGUCAAGGGACCCCGGGGGGUUCUCCGCAGGGAGUUCAACCACAUCAACCUGGAACUCAGCCUGUUGGGGAAGACGCACAAAAAGCUGCGUGUGGAUAAAUGGUGGGGCAACAGGAAGGAGCUGGCCACAGUCAGAACCAUCUGCAGUCACGUUCAGAACAUGAUCAAGGGAGUCACCAUGGGUUUCCGCUAUAAGAUGCGCUCGGUGUACGCCCAUUUCCCCAUCAACGUGGUGAUGCAGGAGAGUGGAGCUCUGGUGGAGAUCAGGAACUUCCUGGGGGAGAAAUACAUCCGUCGGGUCCGCAUGAGACAGGGUGUGUCCUGUGCCGUGUCUGCAGCCCAGAAGGAUGAGUUGAUUCUGGAGGGAAACGAUAUUGAGCUGGUGUCCAACUCUGCCGCUCUCAUCCAGCAAGCCACCACGGUCAAAAACAAGGAUAUCAGGAAGUUCCUGGACGGAAUCUACGUGUCUGAGAAGGGAACGGUCGUCCAGAAAGAGGAUUAGAGCUGCUCUGAUCCAACAAAGUCACCACGGUCAAGAAGGACAUCAGGAAGUUCCUGGAUGGGAUCUACGUCAGUGAGAAGAGACCACUGUGGCGGAAACAGAAGGACGCAUAACCGAAUCAGAUGCAUCUCUGGAACUCACUAUUGACCAAUAAAAUCCCUCCCUUUUUUUCAACGACA